UGGCUCAAGCCAGGCAACCAUUCUUGAUAUUAGCCAAAGGAUCGGAGAACCUUUGUUGUUGAGAGAGAGAUGGAAAAUAGAAGAACACACGGACUUCGAGUGGUGUUAGUUCCACCUCCAUUCCAGGGGCACAUAACUCCAAUGCUUCAGCUAGGUUCAAUCCUACACUCCAGGGGCUUCUCCAUCACGAUCGCACACACCGAAUUCAACCCUCCUUGCUCUUGUAAUCAUCCUGAAUUCUUCUUCCUACCCCUUGCGGACAACUUAUCAGGCUAUGAUACAUCCUUCUGGAAUCUAUUAGAGGUCAUCUCAGUGAUUAACGUCAACUGCAAAGCACCACUUCAACAAUACUUGGUUCAAAUGAUGGAAAAACUGGAGCCACACGAUAAGGUCUGCUGCAUCAUCUACGAUACAAUCAUGCACUUUACAGAUGCCGUGGCUAAUCAUCUGAACCUUCCAAGUAUUAUCUUACGCACUACCAGUGCUUCCAAUGUUCUAGCUUGGGAUGCCAUUCCUCGGCUUCAAGAAGGAGGUUACAUUUCCUUGCAAGAGUCUCUGGCUAAUGAACUAGUACCUGAGCUUUAUCCCCUCAGGUUCAAGGAUCUACCCUAUCAAAAACCCUCAAAAGUUGUACUACAGUUCACUGCAGACUUAAACAAGAUAAGAUCUUCAGCAGCCAUUGUGUGGAACACCAUGGACUUCCUUGAGCAUUCAUCACUGUCACAGCUACAACAACAAUACCAAAUUCCAAACUUCUCUAUAGGCCCUAUGCACAAAACAGCUCCAAUUUCGACCACUAGUCUACUAAAGGAGGACAACAGUUGCCUUGCAUGGCUUGACAAGCAAGCUCCUAACACAGUUAUAUAUAUGAGCCUGGGAAGCUUGGCAAUGGUGGACAAGAAAGAGCUAGCUGAGAUGGCUUGGGGACUGGCCAACAGUGAUCAACCAUUCUUGUGGGUUGUGCGGCCUGGAUUAGUUGAUGGCUCAGAAGCCUCAAAUCAAUUUCUUGAGCUCUUUCAAGGUUUUCAAGAAAGAAUCAGAGGAAGAGGUCUGGUUGUAAAAUGGGCACCUCAAAAGGAGGUGCUGGCACAUAGUGCAGUGGGAGGGUUCCUGAGCCACUGCGGUUGGAAUUCCACCUUGGAAAGUAUAUGUGAAGGGGUUCCAAUGAUAUGCAGGCCAUGUUUCUCAGAUCAAAUGGUUAAUGCUAGGUACCUCAUUCAUGUAUGGAAGGUAGGCCUUGAAAUGGAUCCUGUUCUGGAGAGAGGAGGAAUUCAAAGAGCUAUAAGAAGCCUCAUGGUGGAGAAAGAAGGGGAAGAAAUGCGGCAGCGAGCAAUUGAUAUGGGGCAAAAAAUCAAACGUUGUGUGCAGAAAGGUGGUUCUUCAUACAAUUCUUUGAACGACUUGGAAGAGUUCAUCUUGUCAUGGUCAUCCUGACUGCCAAACGACAUGGCCAUGUUGAUCGAGUGUUGAAGCGACAGAAUAAAACAACCCUGUGAAAUCUACUCAUUC